AUACGAAAAAGGAAGUCAUUUCGUGCUUCCUGUCUGCGCUAGAAUUUCAAAAUCUGACAGGCAUCGCAGGACAGAGAGUGGGAGAUGGCGUGGAAAGGAACAAAGAAGAACAAGACAUCAGACAAUUUGGCCACACAACCACAUAUACUGGUAUAAAGGCUAAGAGUCUGGUUGUGAAAAGGGAUCUUAUCUGAUGCAUGAACACAUUGGUAAAGCAGACCUAUCAAAUAUCAAAGAUGGACUCCUCCAAAGAAGACAUGAAGCAAAGGGUAGCCCACAUUAAGGAAGAGAUCUGCGAGUCAGAUACUCUCCACUUUGCACCGGGGAGUCACUGCAUUACCCUGAAAAACUGUGAAGAAGGAAAUUCUAUUAUUAAGGAGGAGGAAUGUGAAGAGGGACUUGUUUGCAUUAAAAUAGAAGACUGUGAAUGUGACUCGUUUGGCCUUGGAAUACAAAACCUUGAGACCGAAAGCGUUAAGGAUGAAGCAUCUUCAAAGAAUGACCUGCACUUACAGGAGUGCCCUGUGUUGCCAAAAGAGACUUAUUUGGAGUGUACUAAUGGGAACGAAGGCCCUCCUCUGCAGCUCGGACUGAAUCCUAAAUAUUCUGAAUCAGGAAACGAAGUCAAUGAGGAAAUGAGCAUGAAAGAACAACAAGUGCAAUCAUCUGUAUGCCAUGCUGGAACAUAUGUGCAAGAGAGUGGCAGCUUCUGUGUGUCUUUAUCUGCUCAGAUCACUAGUCAGUCUAGAUCACAGAAGAAGCAGGAGAAUGAAAAUCUAAAGGAUGUGGCAUCAGGAUCAAAGAGUUCAAUACUGCCAUCCGUGCAGUUUGAUUCUCCAGCUACUGUGAAACUACCAAAGAAAGAGGCCCUCAACACGGAUCAACAAGUGCAAAGUUCAAAACCAGUGGGUUUUUAUGUCUGCCAAGAGUGUGGCAAAAGUUUUAAGCACAUGUCUAGUUAUAGUAAUCAUCAUCGGAGUCAUAAAGGACAGAAGCCAUAUUCCUGUUCUGAAUGUGGAAAACAAUUAUCUGACUUUAGCAGUCUUAAGAACCAUAAAAGAAUUCAUACUGGUGAGAAACCAUACUGUUGUUCUGAAUGUGGGAACAGAUUCUCACAAAUGAGCAGUCUCCAAAGCCACAAAAGAAUUCACACUGGAGAGAAGCCAUAUUGCUGUUCUGAAUGUGGUAAGCGAUUCUCCCAGAGUAGCACUCUUUGGCAGCAUGAACGAAUUCACACCGGAGAGAAACCAUAUUGUUGUUCAGAAUGUGGCAAGCUAUUCUCACAAGCAAACCAUCUUAAGAGCCAUAAAAGAAUUCACACCGGAGAGAAGCCAUAUUCAUGUUCUGAAUGUGGUAAACAAUUCUCACAAAGACGGCAUUUUCAGAGCCACAUGAGAAUUCACACUGGAGAGAAGCCCUAUUUCUGUUCCGAAUGUGGCAAAGGAUUCUCACAAGUAAGCCAUCUUCAGAGACAUAGAAGAAUUCACAGUGGAGAGAAACCAUAUUGCUGUUCUGAUUGCGGCAAAAUAUUUUCACAAAUGAGCAGCCUUCAGAGCCACACAAGAAUUCACACUGGAGAAAAGCCAUACUGCUGUUCUGAGUGUGGCAAACAAUUCUCCAACAAGAGCAGUCUACAGAUCCACAUGAGAAUUCACACUGGUGAGAAACCAUAUAGCUGUUCUGAAUGCAGUAAACAAUUCUCAAAUGCAAGCAACUUCCGGAACCACAAAGGAGUUCACGCUGGAGAAAAGGUUAAUUCCAGCCAAAACAAAACAACUGCAGAAGGAGCCAUUAAAUCCAGGGUUAAACCCUAUUGCUGUUCUGAAUGCAGCAAACAAUUUUCCAGCAGUAGCAGCUUUCAGAGACACAUAAAAAUCCACACUGGAGAAAAGCCCCAUUGCUGUUCUGAAUGUGGCAAAAGAUUUUUGUACAGCAGCUCUCUAAAGAGCCACAUAAGAACUCAUACAGGAGAGAAGCCAUAUUGCUGUUAUAAUUGUGGCAAGCAGUUUUCUAAAAGCAGCAAUCUUCGGAGCCACAAACGAAUUCACUCUGGAGAGGAGGCAUAUGGCUGUUCUGAAUGUGGCAAACGUUUCUCACAUAUAAGCCACCUACAAGCACACAAACACAUUCAUACAGGAGAUAAGCCAUAUACCUUAAACAUGACAGACAAUUCUCACACAAUAGCACUCCUUAGUGAUGUUCAAGAACUUGUACUGGAGGAAAACCAUUUAAAUACUUUGAAUGUGGUAAAUGAUUCCCAAGGUGUAUUAUGGAACAUGGCCACAACAAAUGACACCGACAUGAAGAAAAGAGUGACUCACAUCAAGGAAGAGGUCUGUGAGUGGCCACCUGCCCACGGCAAACCAGAGGGUCACUGCAUGAAAGUGACAGAUAAUGAAGAUAAAAUGUCUGCAGUUAAAGAGGAAGAGUCAGAGGAGGCGCUAAUUGACAUUAAAACUGAGGCCUUUAAGUUUGUCCCAGUCGACCUUGGAGUUCUAAACCCUGAAACAUUUAAUGAUUUAAACCUUGAUGCAUCUUUGAAAAGGGACUUCAGUUUACUGGCGUGUCCAGUUUUACAGGGAGAGAAGCAUUUAGGGGAGCAGCGCUUACCUCAGCCGUCUGUCAGAUUCAUCCCCAAGUUUGAGAACCUCAGCACUGAAGAGAAGAAGACGGAGUCGAAAGAGCAAAGUUUGCAAGACAAUGGAUCAGAGAAUUUAAAACCACCCUCCUUUCAGUAUAGAUAUAAGGCUGUUGUCAAACUAAGAAGAAUCAAUUGUAUCAACGCCCAAGUGCAAAAUAAAAAUCAUUCUUCUUGGCAUGUCUGCCAAAAGUGUGGGAAAAGUUUUAAGUGCAAAGCAAAUCUGACAAGUUAUGCAAAAGAACAGCCCUAUUGUUCUGAAUGUAUCCAACAGUUCUGCACUAGUACCAGCCUUGAAAUUCAUGAAAGAAUUCAGACUGGGGAGAAGCCAUAUUGUUGUUCUCAAUGCAGUAAACGAUUCUCAAAACUACGCUAUCUUCAGAUCCAUGCAGGAAUUCAUGCCGGGGAUAAACCAUAUUGUUGUUCUGAAUGUGGUAAACAAUUCUCACACAAUACCAGUCUUAAGAAUCACAAAAAAACUCACACUGGAGAGAGACCAUACUGUUGUUCUGAAUGUGGCAAACAAUUCCAACGGGUGCGCAGUCUCGAGAGCCACACAAGAAUUCACACCGGAGAGAAGCCAUAUUGUUGUCCUGAGUGUGGCAAACGAUUCUCGCGCUGCAGUGACUUUGGGAAACACACAAGAGUUCACACUGGAGAGAAACCGUAUUGCUGUCUUGAAUGUGGCAAACAAUUCUCACAAUUACACUCUCUUCGUAGCCAUACCAGAAUUCACACCGGAGAUAAACCAUACUCUUGCUCCGAAUGUGGCAAACAGUUCUCUCAUCGUGACACUCUAAAGAACCACAAAAGAACUCACACUGGGGACAGGCCAUACUCUUGUUCUGAGUGUGUUAAACGAUUUCGUCACCGCGGCAGUCUUAAGAACCACGAGAGAACUCACACCGGAGAUAAACCCUACUGUUGCUCUGAUUGUGGCAAACAGUUCUCUCAGAGUACCAGUUUUGAGAUUCAUAGAAGAAUUCACACUGGAGAGAAGCCAUAUUUCUGUUCUGAAUGUGGCAAACAAUUUUAUUACAGCAGUGGACUUCAGAAACAUCGAAGAAUUCACACUGGAGAAAAACCUCAUUGCUGUACUGAUUGUGGUAAAAGAUUUUUACAGCUAUUCAGUCUUCAGAGGCACACAAAACUUCACACUGGAAGAAAAAAGGAAUGAGUUGAGGGGAAUGAGAGGCAAGUACAAUAUUAAUCCUACUCUAAUUACGAAAGUGAUGAUUGGUAUCCUCACAGGGUAGAUUUGCUGUAGAAGUAGCAAGUCUCAUUAAGGUGAACCUGCUUUCACAGUAAGAGAAGAAUCCAAAAAAAGAAAUUUAGACCUGCUGUACUGUUUUUCUCAAGAGUCAAAAAGGCACCCUCAUCCUACCUCAGCACAACGGUGGGCGAGGAGAUUUGUUCAGAUAAGGAGGAGAGUUUUGGGUGCAGUGUGAAUCCAGAUGGACAGUGCUGCUGGCCCAAGCACAGUGAAACGGACAUGUCCACAUAAAUGCAUCAUGAGCAAAAAAAAAAAAAAAUAUGAGGACUACUUACAGUUUUGUGGUCAGUUGAAGAUAAACCAGAUUACUGUUUUCACUCAACAGACAGUGGUUAAGGAUAUGGUGCCCUCAUCCAGAAAUGAAUACUAUUAACACAUUUGAUUUUGUGUGUGGUCUAUUUAUAUAUAAACACAAGUGAAAGCUGUGCUGUGGGACUAUCAGUAGGACACUUUGAACCAUUUUUGCACCAUUACAAUCCUUCUGUACUUAGACUUUAGCCUGCUAGUUCGAACUUUCUGGCUUCUGUAUUCUCCUUUAACAUUCCUCUUCUGCCUCAUAAAUACACUGGGGUGGGCAAAAGUAGGUUUACAGUUGUAAGUACACAGAACACAGAGUUUAUUUGUGUA